GACAUCCAGAUGUAUCGUUAUAAUGGCACGCCCAACGCCAGUGAUUGGAUAUUUCAAGUCACGUGAUUGGUGCUCGACGGAAAAGCGGCCCUUCACUUUCCGCAAUGGCGGCCGUCGUGCGUAGCCGCGCGACUCGUACCAGCGAUCAGUGACCAUUACAGUCGCGUGCUCGACGGAGUGCGCCGCAUCUUCGGUCGACAUGAGUGGGGAUUCCUCGGAUGACAAGCUUGUCAGAGUAUGGUGCGAUGGCUGUUACGACAUGGUUCACUUUGGUCAUGCCAAUCAGCUGCGUCAAGCAAAAGCGAUGGGUGACUACCUGGUUGUUGGAGUUCACACUGACGAGGAGAUCCAGAACCACAAGGGUCCUCCCGUCUUCACCCAACAGGAAAGAUACAAGAUGGUGCGAGCGAUCAAGUGGGUCGACGAGGUGGUGGAAGGCGCACCGUACGUCACGUCCCUGGAAACGAUGGACAAGUACAAGUGCAACUUCUGCGUCCACGGCGACGACAUCACUGUCGAUGCUUCUGGAGAGGACACCUAUCGCUAUGUCAAGGAAAGCGGCCGCUACAAAGAGUGUCGUAGGACGGCUGGCAUCUCGACGACAGACUUGGUGGGGAGGAUGCUUUUGAUGACGAAGCAGCACCAUCACAGAGGAGCCAAAGAAUAUGGGGUGGACAAAGAGCAUGCUGGGAACAUCAGUAAGGACUCGACUACACAUAGCCCCUGGACGGGCAUCUCCCAGUUUCUGCCGACGACGCAGAAGAUCAUCCAGUUUGCCGAAGGCAAAGAACCAAAGAGCACGGACAAGAUAGUAUACGUCGCUGGAGCGUUUGACCUCUUUCAUGUCGGCUACCUGGACUUCCUUGAGAAAGCCAAAGCGGAAGGGGAUUACCUCAUUGUUGGUCUACACACCGAUCCGGUGGUGAACCGGUACAAGGGUUACAACUACCCUAUCAUGAACCUCCACGAACGCGUUCUCAGUGUCUUGGCCUGUAAGUAUGUGAACGAAGUGGUGAUCGGAGCUCCCUAUUCGGUGUCAGCGGACCUCAUGGACCACUUCAGGGUGCAUAUUGUGUGCCACGGAAUGACACCCAUCAUGCAGGACGUGGAUGGGAGUGACCCCUACGCAGAGCCCAAACGCCUGGGCAAGUUCAAGACACUGGACAGCGGCAACAGCCUCACGACGCACGACCUGGUGCAGCGGAUAAUCCGCAACCGUCUGCUCUUUGAAGCGCGCAACUUCGAGAAGGAACGCAAAGAGGUGGCCAUUUACGACGCAUGGCUGGCAACCCGCCCACCAAACCACAACGGAGAGAGCAACAGCACGAGUGGUUGACGCGCACCGAGAACGCUGCCAAAGCCAGACGUGUUCGUUGCACAUUGUCUGCCUCCAUAUGCUUCGACACUCUUUUUUGUUCGGAGUCUUGAUCCCUACAUUUUGAUGUUGGGAGCGUUGCCUUGCACCUGAGCAGCCUCUGUUCUGUCAUUUUAGAGUAGAUUUCCUGGCACAUUAAAUGCGAAGAAGCGAAGAGUUAGUUUUGAAGACUUCACCGAAAAAGUUUGACUUUUUGGGGGAGUCAAAGAAAUGUGUUUGUUUCUUCGUUCUUGUGGGAUUGCACGGAUGCAGUGUGGACUGGAAAAUUUAUGUGAGCUAUAGAGGCCAAGCGCAAGCCACAAGGGGAACAUUGUGGGUGCUUCAAGAUGGCUGCUGAGGUUUAGGUAAGCGAUAUUGUGCUCCUGGCAGAAAGGCAGGGCCUCCUCGGCUUAUAGGAGCCCUCUAAGGGCUCAGAAUCGAACCUUCCUGAGGUGAAUUACAGCGUUUUCACGAAAUGUUAGCAGCCAUUUUGGUGACCCCUCAUAUUUCUAGUUUCAGACCUAUUACUCUUUCGAGAGCCGUAUCUUUUGGGGGCUCACACUUUCUCGUUCUGUGUCAGGAUUGAAAAGUUCUGCUAGGUGGAGUGGUGAAAUUUUAAUGGACCAAACAAAUACAUCUUUUUUUAUUCCAAAUCAUACAAAAGAUUUUUUUUUUUAUGUACUUGGGAAGUUUAUUUCCUGAAUUUGUGUUCAUUUAGUUCAAGCUAAAGAAGAACAUAUAUUGUUGAAAAUACCCUCAAUUUUUUUUUUCCUUCAUAUUUUAAGUCUUGCAGCAGAUACAUUUUGAGCUGACGGAAGGGAUCUGUUGCCAAUACUUUUAACUCUUAGGAUACCUAUUACAAAUUGGAAGGCCACUUAACAUACACAUCAAGAAUCACUGCUUCUCAUUUUCAAAUGCAGCCUAUGGAUGUUUCUUGAUGAAUAAGCCUGAGUGUCAACAAGAAAUCUUGAUCUUGGACUUUAGCAGUUGUGUAUCGCAACUAUGCCAAGAAGUUUCAUAAAGACUGUACAUGAAAAAACAUGAAGUGUAGUGUAGAUCAUGCCCGAGUUAAGAACAGCUUAGUAUAGAAUACUUUAGGAUGUUUGUGUGGACUGAACUGGUGUGAAAUCUCUCUAUGUAUUUUGGUGCUAGCAUUUCCUGUACAGUUUUCCUGAUACAGUUGUACCCUGAUGCAGUUUGUCAGCCUCCAAAAGAGACCUAUUUUUCCAAAGGGACUUGUGCAAGGAGUUAAACCCUGAGUAGUGCAGGAAAAGUUUACAUGGGCACAUAUCAUCCACAGACGUGCUCAGUAUUAAAUCUUGAACUAUGUUGUUCUACAUCUUCAGAAAUUGCCUUUCUCUCACAGCUUGUGACAGGGUUUCUGCAGAAGCCUUGCAAGGAAAGAUUUAUCUAAGGCAUAUUUUUUAAAACUUCUACAGAAAGGUUUCAAGGAUAGUCAUGGUGGCCAAGGACAGAUAAAUUGUUUCCUUUUGUAAGAACUUGGUGAACAUUUUUUUUUCAGGUAUAUAGCUAAGAGUUGGUUAUUGUUUGAAAGCAUAAACAGGUGCAGAUCUCUGAAUUAUGCUUCAUAAACUUGCCUUGGGGUUAGCGUUAAUGAUAUAGCUGAUAAACACAUUUCAAAAAAACAAAUUAUUUGUGCAAUUUUAGCUAGGCCAUGCUUGUUUGUGAGUCGUGAUUUGGACGUUUUGUCUUCAGAAAUUCAAGGGUCUGUCUGCAAAAUCAAUGGCAAGUUUGGGUGAAAAGUGUUUUCAGUUUGUCUAUGACCUUCUUUAAAAUGGAGGUUCGUUUAGGACCUUUGGAGCAAGCAAAUUUGACAGAGCCCUUCCACAUACACUUGGUCAGGGGUAAUGACAGAUCUAAUGAAGCUGUAUGCAGGCACCUUCAGAAUAAAACCUAUGGUAAUCUCCAGAUAAUUAAGGCAGGUAAAGAAGUGAAAUUACCUCGAGAUUGCCGAAAUUUCUUCUAAAGCUUAUUCAAGGAUGGUUUAUGACUUGCUAUGCAAGGGCAUGUUCUAGUCCUUGUCCAAAGAGGGAUGUUUGUCAAAUUCUUGGUGAGGCAUCUCAAGCAUGGUGUUUGUCACUGGGCAGGUUUGCCUGACAUUUAUGUUCAGCAAGUUUUUGGGUUUGUCAUUCUAUGUAAAGCCCGACAUUACCUACCCAUGGCCAGUUUUGCUUGGAACAGAUAUUUUUUCAUAUCUGAAGUGUGCUCCUUACCAGGGCCAAAGCUUAAAAAGUGUUAGAUGCCUGAAUAUGCCUAUGCAGUUAUAGGAAGGUCUGCAUUAUUGCGUGGAACCUACUCAGCCCUGGAAACAUAGUCUGAACGUUUGUCUGUAAAUAAUAAUGAAAACUCGUGGAGUUGAAAGCACAUCUGUAUUUCUGUUUAGAAACUGAAAACUCCCUGCUUAUCCCAAUUCUGUUUUUGCAAAUUUGCUGCUCUACCUAAAAAUAAAUGUUUGAUUUUACUGUGUAGCAUAUUCCCCAAGUUCACUGGAUUUUCACGCGUUUAUGCCAAUGCCUUGAAAAUGUGUUGUAUAGUACAAUCCUGUACGUAAGUAAAUUUGUUUUAGCUUGAGUUCUUGUCAUAAUUGAGGAUCUUACGUGCACACCUUGUGGCGUGAAUGCUCGUGACAAUAUUAUCUUUUUUGGCCCGUUUCCCGUGCAACUUUGCUAAACUGCGUGCAACUUUAAUUUUUUUAUUUCCUGAUAUGAAUUGGUGAGGCCGGGGACAUGGGUAUACACUACCAUGCAAGAACCUACAUGAUCAGCCAAAGAGGUGUGGUUUAGGUCCUCUCUAAUCUGUCAAAAUUGUAUUGCUGGACGAUUUUGGGAAAAGUACAUGUAAUGUAUGGCUUCCUCACUUUGCUUUAAAGUAUUGUCUUUGUAUACAUGAAUUUGAUGAAGCUCUAUUGCUGGCACUGUCUGAGUCUUUUAUGGCACCACGCAAUUUUGAAUGAAAGUACAGGGUAUAAUUGCCUUAAAAUUAAGAAAGCAGUCCUUAUCGAUCAUUUUAGACAUUGUUAGCGUAGUGUCUGGCUCGUAAUAAUCUCCUGGCACCCUCGUGUUGCAUAUCCUCGACAGUAGCAGCACAUAUUUUUUUUUUUUUCUAAACAAAGAAACCUUGUAUACCUUUUUGUAAUGCAACCUCGUCUCUGUGAGGUAGCAGCGUCUUUUUCUAGCCAGUCUCUCCUUUAAAAAACAUAACUUGAAUAUCCUGACAUUACAGUUAUUGUAAUUCAGUUUUCUUGCCAUAGGGGUAAAGGGCAUUCUUUUAUCGCGUGUGAACCUUGUCAGAUUCUUGUGCUUGCGAGAAUUUGAUGCUAAAAGUUUGUUGAAGUGUCACAAGUUACAUGUUCUGCAAUGCUUUUUCCAAGGCUGAAGUCGUGCCUGUCCUUCCAAAAUCUUAACUUUUGUGUAUAAUAUAUACCACCACUAAUGAUAUUCUGCACAGGUGCACGAACUAGUCACAGGAAAACGGGAGGGCAUUUGUUAUCUUAUACACUUGUUAUUACUUUGUUACGAUUGGAAUGUUAUUUACAAUAAAGCACGUCCGUGUAGCCUUCGCAACGAGUUCCCAAGGCAAGCUCCGCCGCCAUGGAAGUGACUGAAACCUUGUUCGCGUCCAUGGUGGCAAAGUUUGUAAGCUUCCGUUGUGCGUGUUUGUGUUUUGCUUGUUUAUUUUUGAAGGGACAGUCAAGCAGUAUUGUUGAUUUGGCUGCUGAGAAUUGCUGAUCUGAAUAAAUUUCGUUCUAGCAAUGCAGCAAUACGUUUUGAAAAGUACUCGCCCCAGUAGUGUCUUCGUGGAUUGUCCGAGGUCGCCAUAUUUUGGACAUGCGCUUUGACCAUUCAUUGGACACGACUACUGCAUCAGCACUCGGCGACGACUCGGAUCCAAUCACACGUUGCGUGUAAAAAGCGAUACCCAAAAAUAGGGCAACCGCCAGUGUCACCUAAAAAAUUUAAAAAAAAAAUUAUAUAUAUGUUUGUAGAAAAAAAAACGUUUAGUGUCCCUUCAAAAAUCAAGCUGUUUUAUGUGAGGACGCAACUUUGCGAAGGACCUUGCAGAGGAUCUGUCUUUUUAUAGAUUGCACAUAGUAUGCUUUUCCCGGGUAGGAUUCACGUUUUCUGGGAUGAAGUGCCAUUUAGUUAAAAUUUCUUACUACCAAAAGAAAUCCAGAUUUCAUCGGAGGAAAUAUUGAAGAGGGCAGCGCAUGAUUCGCUUAUCAGUGGGCACGAGGUAUUUGUCAAGUACUUUUACGAGAACUGCACCUAUGCCCUUAUGCGAAAAAAUCUUAUAAAUUUCAUACUUUUGCUAGUGUUUGACCACAAGCGUUGAAAUUUUAAAUAAAAGUGUUUCACCUAUGCAA